GCUGCUGACACCUGGCUAUAAACCCAGGAAGGAAUCCAAAAUCCCAAUCAGAACUGUGCUGAAAAAACCCAGAGAGGCGCAGGCAGGCAAGACGAGCGCAGAGACGGCCGCGAUGACUUCCAGUAAGAUCGAGAUCCCGGGAGAGGUGAAGAGCGACCCCGCUGCUCUCAUGGCAUCGCUCCAGCUGAUGCCCUCACCGGUGCCCAACCCGGAGAUCAAGUAUACCAAGAUCUUCAUCAACAAUGAAUGGCAGGACUCUGUUAGUGGAAAGGUCUUCCCUGUCUACAACCCGGCUACUGGGGAGCAGAUCUGUGAAGUCCAGGAAGCAGACAAGGCCGACGUUGAUAAAGCCGUGCAGGCAGCUCGCCUGGCCUUUUCUUUGGGCUCUGUGUGGCGAAGGAUGGAUGCUUCAGAGAGGGGUCGACUGCUGUCCAAACUGGCUGAUCUGGUGGAGAGGGACAGUGUCUACCUAGCAACUAUUGAGUCACUGGACAGUGGAAAGCCUUUCCUGCCCACUCUGUUUGUGGACCUCCAAGGAACCAUAAAGACACUGAGAUACUUUGCUGGAUAUGCCGACAAGAUCCAUGGUACUUCCAUUCCAAUGGAUGGAGAGUAUCUGACAUUUACCAGAUAUGAGCCCAUUGGAGUUUGUGGACAAAUUGUCCCUUGGAACUUCCCUCUGAUGAUGACAGCAUGGAAGCUGGGCCCAGCGCUCGCGUGUGGAAACACUGUCGUCCUGAAACCUGCUGAGGAGACGCCGCUCACCUGCCUCUACAUGGCAGCUCUAAUCAAGGAGGCCGGCUUUCCACCGGGAGUCAUCAAUAUUUUGCCAGGAUUCGGGCCAACAGCAGGAGCUGCAAUUGCUUCACACAUGGGCAUAGACAAAGUGGCUUUCACAGGAUCAACCGAGGUCGGCAAGCUGAUCCAAGAGGCAGCUGGGAAGAGUAACCUAAAGAGAGUGACGCUGGAGCUGGGAGGAAAGAAUCCCAACAUUAUAUUUGCAGAUGCUGAUUUGGAUCUGGCUGUAGAAGAAGCCCACCAGGGUGUGUUUUUCAACGCAGGCCAGUGCUGCACGGCAGGCUCUCGCAUCUAUGUGGAGGAGCCCAUAUAUGACGAGUUCGUCCGGAGGAGCGUGGAGAGAGCAAAGAGGAGGAUAGUUGGCAGCCCCUUUGACCCCAUGACUGAGCAGGGACCACAGAUCAGUCGAGAGCAUCAGAGCCGUGUGCUGGAGUUCAUCCAGAGCGGCAUUACUGAAGGGGCCAAGCUGGAGUGUGGAGGAAAAGCUCUGGGCUUGAAAGGGUUCUUCAUUGAGCCUACAGUCUUCUCUAAUGUCAGAGAUGACAUGCGCAUUGCCAGAGAAGAGAUUUUUGGGCCAGUCCAACAGAUCAUGAAGUUCAAAACAAUUGAUGAAGUGAUAGAAAGAGCCAACAACUCAGAUUAUGGUUUGGUUGCCGCUGUAUUCACCAAGGACAUCAGCAAAGCCAUGACCAUUUCCACAGCUAUGCAGGCUGGCACUGUCUGGAUAAACUGCUUCAACGCUCUGAGCACACAGUGUCCAUUUGGAGGAUAUAAAAUGUCUGGCAAUGGGCGUGAAAUGGGAGAAAACGGCUUGAAGGAGUACUCAGAAGUGAAGACCAUCACAAUAAAGAUGGUCGCCAAGAACUCUUAAGGCAGCCACACUUUUUUUGGGAGGGGGGAGGGAGGAGGAGGUAGUGUCUUCCUCAUUGUUGACAAGCUUUUGUCAGUCUGUCCAUGGUGGCACACCACGACCCAUCAGAGCUACUUAUAUCCGUGAUAACUCCAGGCUGUACCCACUCAUUGCCUCCUGUCCCUCCGUGGACAUUCAGCCGCUUCCAGUCCAGCUAUCGCCACUUGUGUUGAAUUUGUGGACUGCCCCCCCCCCCUCCCACAGUACUCCAUACCUCCUCCACUAACUACACUAAAGCACUCACAAAGACGAUGGGGGAGGCUGCUCUGACUUCAAAACCCAAUAACGACGCCCAUCCCAGCCGUUACAACCCCGAUUCUCACCACCAGAUGCUGGAUGCUCAGAGACUCAGUUGCCGCACUUGCAAUCAGCCCUUUACUAGCAGCUUGUAACCCGCUGGGUGGCAGUUUUUCUCUGUACUGUGCGGUGUGAUCGUCAAAACCUCAUGUGUCACUGUCUUGGUAGAAUUUGUGCGAGCACGUUCGCUCAUUCAAGACCACUGAUGUCGUCAGCCUCAGACACGAAUGGAUGAAAUGUUAAUUCUGAAUUAAGAUUGAUUUCUAAUUGUCUUUGUUUGUACUUUAGCUCAUAUGACUUAACACUGUAUGUCGACCUUUGACUGAUGUAAACGUGAAAAAACUUUAACCUCUUAAAAGCAUUUUACUCUCACCUGCUAAAAGAGGAGUAGAUGUGUUUUAAAAUACAUGUAACUGAUUUUCAUUGAUGUCCAUCUAUGUUUAUGUUUAUACAAUCAUAUGCUAUAAAAUUAUAAAAUGACCAUAGUUGUUUUUUUGUUUGUUUGUUUUUCAGUAAAAUCUUUUUUUUCUUGGAAAAA